AUCUUGUAGCAGCCUUAGAAGUGUUUGCCAAGAAGUGCAUGGAAACCAUGGAGAGAAUACGCUCCAAGGAAAGCAUACAGGACAUUCCUCUCAUAAAGGAGGAGUUUGAAAGGUGUUGCACACUAGUGUCUCUUUGUGAGGAUCAGAGUCCAAGAGAGGAGGACAUGGCAGAGGUUGUACAGCGGGAGAUGGAGGCAAUGGACUUGGCCAUUAGAGAUGCUGUUGAUAAGUUUACUCGACUCCUAGAGAACUCCAGAGCAAAUGACACUGGAAUGCAGCUUGAGGUGAAUUUUGUAGCUUUACUGUUAUGGUAUGUUAGUGGUCUGCAGAGGAGGUGGGAGAAGGUCCUCAAGAUUCACUGUUAAGGGGAAGGAAGACUUAUAAUCUUAAUUCUGGCUAUG